AUGUCCCUGCCUUCAAUAACCCGCUGUUCCACACGACACCUCCUCCGCCCACAAUCGCUCACUCCCCAACUCACCCGCACAUUCUCCAUUCGCCCAGCACUCCGCACCGACACCUCCGCAUCCACUAUCGCAACAUCCUUCCUCACGCGCUUCCAAUCCCUAGGCCCGCAAACCCGCUCCCAAACCCUCGAUGCCAACCAACUCCAACUUCUCUCACUAACACUCAAUCGACCCUCACUAUUCCCCAACUCCCCAUCUCUCUCCAACACCCCAACCUCCCUGCCGACCGGCACACCCUUACCCGCCGGAUACCACCUCGUGUACUUCACCCCCGCAUUCUUGGAAAAUGAGCUCGGCGCGGACGGCACCGACACCUCAUAUAACCCUGCGUCGCCGUUCACGCGUCGCAUGUGGGCCGGCGGGGAGGUGCAUUGGCCGAGGGGAAAGGACGGCAAGCCGAAUUGUUUAAGGGUAGGGCAGGAGGUGCAGGAGACGACGAGGGUGCUUAGUGCGGAGCCGAAGGUCGUGAGGAAGACAGGGGAGGAGAUGAUUGUAGUGGGUGUUGAGAAGGAGUUUAGGAAUGAGAAUGGAGUGGCGGUUUUGGAUAGGAGGAAUUGGGUCUUUCGCAAAGCUCUUACCUCGCCGUCGCCUACGAGUUCAUCUACACCCCCGGCGACGAAGGCAUUCAAUGGACCAGCUAGUUCGUCUACGGAGACGAGUGAAAAUGUGCACACGCGCACAUUGCGCCAAACGGCAGUGACAUUGUUCCGGUUCUCCGCGUUGACGUUCAAUCCGCACAAGAUCCAUUACUCGACACCGUGGGCGAGAGAUGUCGAGGGUCAUAAGGAUAUUGUUGUGCAUGGGCCGUUGAAUCUCAUUUCGAUUUUGGAUCUGUGGCGCGAUACGAGGAAGAAUGGGAGUGGGGAGGAGGUGGUUCUUCCGGAGAAGAUCUCGUAUAGGGCAACGAGUCCGCUGUAUGCGGAGGAGGAGUAUCGCAUUGUAUUGGAAGAUGGAGAGGAUGGGAUCGGGAGGGUGCAGAUUAUUGCGCCAGGGGAGGUGGUGGCUAUGAAGGCGGAGAUACAGUAG